CCCCGCUCCACUACUGUGUGCUUAGUCAGUCCACCUCAGGUUACCAUAGUGACCACAGGUGGCGUUCUACACCAGUUUCAGUGUGUGUGUGUGUGUUCGUGUGCGGCUUUGAACGCAGCCCCUGUGCGGCUCGGGAGCAGAAACGACCCCGCUGUGGAGCUCACAGACACGCGGAGAGGGCACGAGAUCUCCCUCGCGCUUCAGUUCUGCUCUCCUCAAAGCCCGCGUUGCCAUUUUCUUCAAAAGCGCCGCAGAGGAGGAGCAGCGCGAGCGAUUCAGCAUGCUGAUGACCCGAUGGCUGCCGUGGAAGAUCUAAGUCCACCGAGAGCACAUAGUGAAGCUCUCUUACUCACUCUAUACCCCCUACCAUCUACCAUCUACGCAUUAGAGUAGAUCCGAUCAGUCUUCCCCUCCUCAGUAACCCCCCCCCCCCCCCGGGAAGUAUGCCUGGAUGGAGAGCCCAGUGUCACCUGGUGCUGCUCAACCUGCUGGCCUGUGGCCUGGAGAUCUGCGUGGCAGCUGGGAUCACCUACGUGCCACCGCUGCUGCUGGAGGCUGGCAUAGAGGAGAAGUACAUGACCAUGGUGCUAGGUAUUGGUCCAGUUCUAGGCCUCGUCUUCAUCCCUCUCAUUGGUUCAGCCAGUGACCGGUGUAGCAGUAGCUAUGGACGACGGCGACCCUUCAUCUGGCUGCUGUCUCUGGGUGUGCUCAUGGCCAUGGUCAUCAUCCCUCAUACCGACAACCUGGCCACCCUUCUGAACUGGGGUGGAAUCACCCAUCCUAACCAGCCCCUCCAGGUGGGUCUGCUCAUCUUGGGCGUGGUGCUGCUGGACUUCUGUAGCCAAGUGUGCUUCACGCCGCUGGAGGCACUUCUGUCAGACCUGUACGGCGGGCGCGAGGAGUGCGCCCGUGCGUUUGCUACCUUCUCCUUCAUGGCGAGUCUGGGUUCGUGCAUCGGAUACCUCCUGGCCUUGCUUGACUGGAGCUCUGGUCCACUUGCCCAAUACCUGGGCGGACAAGCCAAAGGACUCUUCACCUCCCUUAUUCUUAUCUUUGUUUGUUGCGUGCUGGUCACCAUGAAAGCGUCUGAGGAGAAAGACGACUCGGAUUCCUGGGCCGGAUGCCUGUCCUUGUGCUAUACGCCUAAGAGACGGUUAAAGAUCUGCCUGCCAAGGGCAGGUUCUCUAAUAUGUGUGCUCAGGAGCUGCUGGUCAGUUACACCAGCCAUCUUCAGCAGCUACUGCCAUGUGCCGUACGUCAUGAGGCGUCUCUGCGCUGCUCAGCUGAGCAGCUGGAUGGCUAUUGUGAGCUUCAUGCUUUUCUACACAGACUUUGUCGGAGAGGGACUUUACCAAGGAGUGCCGAGUGCGGCGCCAGGCACAGUGUCCAGGCAGCAAUACGAUGAAGGGAUCCGUAUGGGCAGCCUGGGGCUAUUCCUACAGUGUGCUACCUCAACCUUCUUCUCACUAAUCAUGAACCGGCUGGUGUGUACCUUCGGCUCCAGGAAGGUCUUCUUGUUUAGCAUGGUAUCUUUCACCCUCUCAGCGCUAGUCAUCUGCCUGUCGAAGAGUGUCCUGUUGGUCACGGGGAUGUCAGCCCUUACCGGCUUUGCUUUUGCCACCUUACAGACUCUGCCAUACACACUUACCUGCCACUAUCACCAAGAGAAGGAGGUCUAUAUGGCGGCCCGCAAAACCAAAAAGAACAGGAUCUCCACCGAAAUCGUGCGCCUUACCUUGAACGAAGACACGAGCGAUCUGAACCAUAACGGCCACGCCCACUACAACCAGGAUGACCUGGAAUAUUACCCGCCUCAGCACAGUCAGAACGCCACACAGGUCGAUCACGGAUCAGACGCUUACGACAAACGUGGCGUGGGCUUGGACUUUGCCAUCCUUGAUAGCACCUUCUUGCUCUCUCAGGUCUUCCCGUCUCUGUUCAUGGGCAUGAUUGUCCAGUUCACUCAAUCUGUCACUGCCUACAUCGCUUCUUCUGCCAUUUUCGGGGCAGUCAGUGUAUAUUUUGCCACACGUGUCAUCUUCGAACAGAAGGAUCUUGAAAACUAGGAGAAAACCCUAAAUGUGAAACAGCGGUUGAUUCUUUUCAAGGCUACUUUCCAGGAAGUAAACAGCUUCUCGCGACACAGAUUCAGACGAGCUAGUAGAACACCAAAACCCGAACUGGAAGAAAAAAAAAAAAAAAAACACUACCACCACAGUAAUAAAUCUGUAGUCAUUCUGUGUGAUGACCUGCUGUUCUUCUUUUUCCUGUCUGCCCACACAAUAACAUCCUGCCUGUCUCAUCAUCCUUCCUGUCACUCAUUUUCUCCACUCGUUGGUCCAGAUCACAGUUUAUUUAAUGUUAAUUUAACUGUUUAAUAUUCUUUUCUUUGCACUAAUGGCAUGUCUUAUAAACACCGUCCUUGCUCUCAGUUACUGACUCUACAUAUCUUUUUUUUUUUUUUUUGGUAUUUAUCCUCAGUGCAGGCCUGUAUGGUUCUACAUUGCUGUGAAGAUGACUUCACACCGCUCUCAGGCUUUUUUGUUCACUCAUAUCAUCAUCACCAAAAAAAAAACAGACAUCUACACAACUUGGACCAACAGUUGCAUCAACAGAGAUGCAAUGUGUCAUGCCAAGCCUUUAUGUCAUAUAAAGAUUAAAAAGAAAUAUUACUGUA